AUGGAUUCACCCUACGAAGCAGUGAAGGGCAAUUCUGCCCUUUACAAGAUCGCUGCGUUUGUCAUCCUCUCUCUUGGAGCACUUUUGCUUGCGUAUCGAAGAGCUUUCACAGUAUGUUACGCCCGGGAUUUGCCGCGACUCGGCAAGCGAGAAGGAGUUUCAUGGAAAGCAAUGAAGAAGAGGUUCCAAACGGAUUCACUAAGUGUGCUCAAUGAAGUCUAUGAGAACGUGAGUUUUCUUUGUCGCAGCUGUAAAGAAAAAUGGUUGACAAAAUGCGGGACCAAAGUACUCCAAAAAAGGCCAAUCAGUUCUGAUACCAAAAUACGGCCCUCACGAUGAAGUUAUAUUACCUCCUGGCUCCUUACCAUGGAUUGUUAAACAGCCAGAUCAUUUACUCUCUUCACAUGCGAGUCAAAAUGACGCUAUUCAACUGGAACACAGCUUGGGUCCUAAAUUUGCUUUUGAUGCAUGGGGAGGAAUGCUCGUCAAGUCAGACCUGACUGCUGUACUGGAAACGAUGGGAACAAUUAUGCUUGAGCAAGUAGGACCGGCGGUUGAUGCUGCUUUCGGAAUGGACGUCACCGAAUGGAACGAAAUUGAUCUUUUUCCAGCAUGCCGGCUGGUUACUGGGAAGGCUGUUAUGGGAUUCACGCUCGGAGACUCGGUUGAAGGGCGAAAGCUUUGUAUAUUACUCGUAGGAGACGGCCUUCUAUUGCGAAAACUGACUUGUUCUAUCAGGCCGAGACGAGGGGUUCAUUCAAAGCUGCUAUAAUACUCUAGAGUAGGUAUUCAAAUCAUCCUCCAGCUGUGCAGUCAAGAAAAACGUGCUAAUAUGUCCAAGUGGCAUGUUAGAAGUUGCUGGAGAAAUUGGAGGAGCACGUAAAGUGUAUCGAACAUACCUAGGCCACUUCUCGAAGGGAGUUAAAUCUAUGCCGGCAAAGCUCAAGGACCUCGCCGAUCGCUUCGUUCCAGCUCAUACAGAGAGACUCCAAAUUAUUCAAAGCGCGGCAGAGAAGAAAGCUGUCCCAAAAGACUUACUACAGAUGCUUAUGGAAUUCGCUAUCAAGGAACGUACCGACGAGGCCACCAGUCUCGAAGACAUGACCAAACGUCUUGCUGUUUCGAACUUUGGAACUAUCCACCAGACCGUUCUUACACUGCACAACAUACUCCUGAAUGUUAUUGCAACGGACAAGGAAUUCGACACAAUGUCUCUUCUCCGUGAGGAGUUCAGCAGGGUUCUCGGCGACGAUGAAAACAAUUGGACCAGAGCCAAGGUCGCAGCAAUGUUACGUGCUGACAGCAUCGCAAGAGAAACUCUCCGAGCACACACCUUCCUAGGAUUGGCCAUGGAACGCAUAGUCGUCGCACCCAAUGGAAUUGUUACUGAGGAUGGAAUCCCCCUACAGAAAGGCACGAAAAUUGGAAUACUCGCUCACCAAAUGCAACAUGACCCAGAUCUAGUCAAAGAUCCUCAGAGAUACGAUCCUUUCCGUUUCUCUCGACAGCGGGAAGCAAACCCAGAUCUUCACAAUCUCAGCUUUGUUGCUACUUCUGCUGAAAACCUGCCGUUCAAUCAUGGAAAACACGCGUGCCCAGGAAGGGGACUCAUUGAUAUCCAAUUCAAGAUGCUACUGUCGUAUAUCGUGAAGAACUACGAUUUGGAAUUUCCUGAAAGUUAUGAGGGGAAGAGGCCAGCAAACACGGUAAUACAACCUCUCCAAUAUCUCUUUUGCUUUUUAGUUCUGGCGCACCCUAUUUCCAGCUGUCUAGAACGUUUCGGUUCUCUGUCAAAGUCUUGGUUUUUAAUCCAAAUAGGAAACAUUUACUAAUUUAUUACAGUGGUUUGCUGAGUUCGGAGUCCCUCCAAUUACUGCUAAAAUCAGAGUCAGAAGGAAGGAGGCCUCAAGCUAA